AUGGCAGAUCGAGAGGAUUCUCCGGAGAUGCAAGUCGCGCGGAUGUCGCGACCUGCUCCAGUCGGGGUGACGACGGAGCUGAAGACACCGGCGGCGGAGUCGGGGAAGCUGGUGACGAAGUUGGAAUCGCCAGAGCAUGAAUCGAAGGUGGUGUCGAGACCGAGAGAGGAAGGGCCGGAGAAGAAGGGUGACUCGCUGACCGAGAAAAAGCUGGUGGCGAGUCGAUCGCCGGUCGAUCCGCCGACGAGGAAAGGCUGGAAGUUGGGACGAACGAAGGGAGGCGGCUGCAGCGAUCCUUCCCCUGCAACCCUAGGCCACAUGACGCAAAUGGAUUCCAGGCCGCUGGGCCGAGUCAUUUGGGCCAUCUGUUCCAAAGAUUCAACUAAGGUGGGUGUCGGUCAAGGGCAGGGCUUCGCUAAACUUCAUCAGGUGAGUUGGGCCAAGAAAGAACUAGAAGCGGGGCAGCAAGGAGGAGGAAAGCUUGGAGCGAGCUGGACCAGUGUAAGCCGCCGAACGGGCCACAACUUCACCUCGAGCAGGCUGCAAAUGAAAUUAGAUUGGGCCGAGGGUAGACGAUAG